AUGGCUUUCAACAACAGAAUCUCCUCGUUCGGCUCGAACGACAGCGGCUACGAAAGUGGCAUCGUUGAGGUCUUUGAUGAGCCCCGUCGUCCAGCUGUGAAGAACGUCGAUCACGCAAAGGAGCUUGCCAGACACACACAGCAUCGUAUGGCUUCCGAAAUGUCGCGAAGAGACGCCGAUGAUUAUCAGCAAGACAUGCUUGAGCACAUGUUGAAGAUCGACGUUGAGACCGUGCCCGAUGUUGAUGCAAUUGACAUUCAAACCGAGAUUCAAUGGUACAUGAGGCCUUAUCUUCUCGACUUCUUGGUGGAAGCCCACACCGCGUUUCAAUUGCUCCCGGAGACUCUCUUUCUGACGAUCAACCUUCUCGACCGUUACUGCUCCAAGCGAGUUGUCUACAAGCGCCACUACCAGUUGGUCGGUUGCGCAGCGCUCCUCAUUGCUGCCAAGUAUGGAGACAAGAAAGAGAAGGUCCCCACUAUCAAAGAGCUCAAGUCCAUGUGCUGCUCGCUUUACGAUGACGACAUGUUCUUGCAGAUGGAGUGGCAUGUUCUUUCGACCCUCGGCUGGACCAUCGGACACCCAACUGUUGACGCGUUCAUGCGGUUGGCUGUCAAGUACAACAUCUACGACCCCGAGGCGGAAAGCUUGACACUGUACAUCCUGGAGAUUGCCCUCUACCACAGAGACUUCGUGUCGAAGCAGUCACACACCCUUGCUCUUUCGGCUCUCGUCCUGGCAAGACACAUCCUGGGUCGGCCCCAAGCUCGUUCCACUGAGUUUGCUUCUCACUUCUGCAGCACCACCGUCAUGGAACUCUUGCAGAAAGUGCAUGAUCCAUCUGGGAUUUUGUCACGCAAGUAUGCAUCGGUCCGCUACUCAGGUGUCUCUCGAGUUCUCACCGACUUCCUUGCACGCAAGGCUGCCAUGUCUACGGCCCGGGUUCCCUUGACGCCAACAUAUGAAGUCACUCCUCCUUCAGCAGCCAUCAAAGCUUCUGGGCCUGAGUAUUUCCAAACCUACGCCACCCCACAGAAGCCUCAAUUCCCCGCCCUCGUCCAGCAUGGUCUCUACACUCCUCCCAUCACUCCUGAGGGUGACAUGUUCGGCGUGACACAGAAGAACUUCAGUGCACCAAACCAGUACGCCCCGCCCACACCAACUCCCGGUCAAGUCAGUCAGCAGUACGCCUCCUAUGCUCCGGGAACCCAAGCAUGGAGUAGUGAAUCUUAUUGA